CAAAGAUAUGAGAAUAUCUUACUCAGUAGCAUGUGUGUCUCAUUCUCUAAGCUUUAAGAAUUCAUAUUUCAUACCUUAUAGCAGCAACGCUAGCUUUUGUGGGGAAAAAUACAUAAUUUGGAAAAUAGUUAGUCUAUAGGGAAAAUGAGGAGGUUUCUCUAUCGAUUCAACUAGAUAUUUACAUGCCUUCAAAUAAUAUCGGCAGUUGAAUGUUUUAUGGAAAACUCAUCUAAGCUUAGCUAACCGUCACUCGGAAUCAUUUUCUGUUUUUUGGAAAGCACUAUCAUAUUUAUAAAAUAAAAGUACUAAGGGAUAUAAGGAGUGAAAAUUCAGUCAUGGAGUCAAUUCCAGAGUUUGUGAAUGCCGAACUAUUGACAGAAGCUCUCAACUCAUCAGUCACGGAAAUAGAAGUGAAGCCUGCUUUGGGUAGAGGCGAAAACUACCUCAGCAGACUUUACAGAAUCAGAAUCAAUUACGCCAGCAAUCCGGUUGAAAAGCUGCCAGAAACUGUGAUAGUCAAACUACUGCCCGUGGGUUAUUUGGAAACAUUUGUGAAUGAAAACGGAAUGCUAGAGAAGGAAAUCAAAAUGUACACAGAUUAUUUACCUUUGGUGAAAUUACAUUUGGGGAGAAACUUGGCCCCAGAAAGUUUCAAAGUUACAAGGAAGGAUAUGCUCAUGCUUGAGGAUCUAUCUUUGGAUGGAUACAAGAUGAAGGACAGAAUUUUGCGAUUGGAUCGCUAUCAUGCGGAAGCCGCCGUCAAAAUUCUUGCCGAGUUUCAUUCUACUUCUAUUUUUUUGCGAGAAAAGAAUUCUGAAAUCUUGGAGGAAGUUUCAAAGGAAUCACAAUUCCACAACGAAACCCCAACUGAAAGAGAUUUUAUUGUCAACAGAUUCAACAUGUUUAUGAUUGAAUUAAGAAAAUAUCCUCAUUUAAAGAAGUAUGCAGAUUUGUUUCAUGAUACCUUAGGAGCGGAUAUGUGGUCUCGUUUCAUGGAAGAGAUGAGGAGGGACUGUAAAUGGUUGAAGGUUUUGAAUCAUGGUGACUUUUGGACCAAUAAUAUUCUGUUCAAACACGACGGCGAUGGCAAAAUUUUAGAUUUGAAGUUAGUAGAUUUCCAGUUCACGAGAUUCGUUUCUCCUGCCAUGGACCUCCAGCUAUUUUUCGUGACAAGUUUGAGUGACCGAUCAGACAUCGGUCAUCUCACCGAAACUUACCGAGUCACCUUGAACAGCAAACUACCUAGCACCAUCACACCGCUUGGUCGGGCGCAUAUUCAAGCUGAGCUAGACCGGUUCGAGACUUUUGGGUUUAUUGUGGCCGCUUGCUUUCUGCCGGGCGCUGUCAUAAAUCGCCAACAAAUCAUCAAUUAUGACGACACAACUGAAGAACAGUUCAGUUCCGGUGCGGAGGAAAGUCCACAUAAUUUCAUGUACAGAGAUGCAACAUAUUUGAGCAUGAUUGAACCGUUGCUUAUGCAUUACCAUGGACGCGGACUUUUGUAACAACCUUCAUCUUUUAUUCAUAGGAGUGAUGACAAAAUUGAGAUUCAUCUGAAUAUUUUCUAGAUACAAAGUGCUAAGGUUUAUAAAAAAAUCGAACUUUAUGAGACUUAUAAGACCAAAAAUCACUUUUGUAAUAUAUGGACUUUUUGAUAUUUUCAAGACAAAAAUCAUUUUUAAGAUGCCUUCAAAUUUUUAACAUUUUAAAGAAGUGAUCAUAAAAUUGUGCCCAUGAAGCUAGAAUUAGGUAAAAAUUUAUUUGCUUUUGAUUGUGAUAGAGAAGGUGCUGGAAAUUGUGAUAGAUAAUAAGCGAUGAUAAUUAUCAGAAUAGUAGAUUUUAAUAGUCUUAGGAUAAUGAUAGUAUUCAACGUACAUAAAAAACAAUAAGUUAUAUUAUUACAAUAAUCUACAACUAUUUUAAAUAAUAAUACAACUUCGAUAAAUUUCUUAACAGACUCACUUUAUAAAAUCAAGACUAACUCGAUAAGAUAUUGAAUUCUGUUAAAAAUCACAGUGCUUUCAUCUGAAAUUGAUAGUAGCCAAGUAGCUACUUAAGAUGAAUAGUGAAACUUUUAUACAUUAAUAUAAUAUAUAAAAAUAAUUUUUCGUAACGUGAAUGGAUUCAAAUAAAGUGUUUCUUCAUAAUACGUACUCAAUAAUCAUUGACUUUAUCAAUUCAAGAAUUAAGAACUAUUUUCAGAUUAUUACUUGGCUAUGUGAUUUCAAACAAUAAGUUACUUGAAAACAAUAAGUUUUCGUUCACAAGAUAAUCGUACCAAAGAUACGAGCAAUUAAAAAAGCUAUUAAUAUAGCUUAAUAAAUAAGUUGCACAGAGUUUCACCAGAAUGGAGUACUAGAAAUACUUCAGCUCAUUUUAGAUAUUGUUUGUUCUUACGAACUUAUAGUUUUUCAGUCUCUCCUCUCCUUUUAUAAUAGAGUACACAUGCAAUACUUGAGUGAAUAGAUACUCCACUAAAUUCAGUGUGCAGUAAAAACUUGCUUGAGUUGCAAAAUCAAGUUGCAUGUAGCAAAAUUGUUUUCUUAGUUAUCAGUUUAAAAUUAUAAACUAAAGAAAGUUUCAACGAUUAUUAACUUAUCAAUUCAAAAGUCCAAAAGAGGUAUUACUACAGCUAUACCAUUGCAUUUCGAACUAUAAAUUAAUAUUUUUAUGUUAUGCACGUGUGUAAAAUGCUCAUAUUUAUAAAAAAAACUUGUGAUUACAGUUCAGAAGAAUAUUUCAUUUACCAUUUUUGGUAAUAGAAACUGCAAAUCAUUCAAUUUAUAAAAUUUACUACAAUUUUAUCAUUUAAAUAGUUGGGAGAAAAAUUCAGAUGAAACCUGAACUAUUUCUCUCACAUAUUAGAUGAAUAACAUAGUCUGAAAAAAUGUUAGGUCUAGGCUACUAGCUAUGAAAUAACAAAAUAAUUUAUACUAUAAAAAUAGCAAACCUAUUUGUAAUAAGCCUUAACAAUUCAUUUCAAUGGUGUUUUUCAGAUUAUCAUCAAUCAAUAUGUCAGUGAGCGUUACUGUAUGUGUGCAUCAAAUAAAUGUAUGAACUUUAUAUAUUUUUCAACAUUUUGUAUUACGAAAUGAAUGCUCUAAUGAAUAAAUAAAGAGAUUGGAAUAUUACAAGUGUGACACUCUUAGUUAUAAGCAAAGCAAUGAAUUCCAAAUUCUAAGAUUAAUUUCAAUAAUUUAAAUUUCCAUCAGAUAAAAGAGAUUAGAACAUUCCGGAGCCGCAUAAAAUACAUUUUUAGAAAAAUAUUUAAUUCUCUUCCCCUAACCGUAAGAAAAAAAGAACGUCACGUCAGUUAUUCAGGUAAUUAUCAAAAACUUCAUCUUAGACGAGUUUAGAUGAGAAAAGUUAUAAAAUAUUGUUAUUUAAUUGAAUUUCGUUGAACAUUCAAAAUACUGUUCAACACUGCUAGUGAAGAUUACAAAUUUAAUUAAUAUUACUGAUUGAAGAAAAUUCAGCCACUACUGCUCAGGGGUAAUUAUUUAGAUCUUAAUGGUUUUCGUGCAAUCGUCUGAAAGUGUGCAUAAAAUAAGUUUUCAAUGAACUAUUAUAAUUAACAAUUUAUGGAAGUGUCUCCACUCGGUAGCCUACUAUAGAGGAAAUUUGAUAUUAAUUUGAUUUUGUUUUGUAAAAUAUCUCUUAGGUAGUAUUAAAAUAUUUUAAUU